AUGGCUGAUGAUACUGUUAGUUUAAAUGAUCCACCGGCUAUGGUCUGGGUCGCCACCUCGGGUGCAUUGGUCUGGAUCAUGAUUCCAGGUAUUGGACUUCUUUAUUCUGGUUUAUCCAGGAAAAAACAUGCCCUAUCUCUUUUAUGGGCAUCUAUGAUGGCUAUCUGUGUCGUCACAUUCCAAUGGUUCUUUUGGGGUUAUUCCCUUACCUUUGGUACCGCACAUAGUGGAUUUCUCGGUGAUUUGCAAUACUUUGCUAUGAAGGAUAUUCUUGAUGAUCACGAUCAGCAAGUCCUUCCUACUGUUGUCUUUGCCUUCUUCCAAUGUAUGUUUGCCAUGAUUACCGGUGCCAUUAUGCUCGGUGGUGCAUGCGAAAGGGCAAGAUUGGGUCCUAUGAUGGUUUUCUUGUUCGUAUGGAUUACUAUUGUCUACUGUCCUUGUGCUAUGUGGACUUGGAAUGCUGAUGGCUGGCUUUACACCUUGGGUUCUAACGAUUUUGCCGGAGGAGGUCCUGUUCAUCAAGCUUCCGGUUUCGGUGCUUUGGCCUAUGCCUUACUGUGCGGUAAAAGAAGAGAUCCUGUUGCCAGAAAAGGCCUACCAAAAUAUAAGCCUCAUUCCGUUACUUCCGUUGUUCUAGGUACCGUGUUCCUAUGGUUUGGAUGGUUCGGUUUCAACGGUGGCUCUUCCGGUAACGCCUCUCUCAGAGGAUUUUACGCUUGUCUUAACACCAACUUAGCUGCUUCUUGUGGUGGCUUGGCCUGGAUGUUCCUUGACUGGUUCAGAUGUGGUCACAAGUGGACUACUGUUGGCCUUUGUUCUGGUGCUGUUGCCGGAUUGGUGGGAAUCACACCUGCCGCAGGUUUCGUGCCUAUCUACUUUGCCGUUCCAAUUGGAGUUUUGUCUGCCGUUGCUGCCAACUUCGCUGUGGAUUUGAAGAAUUUGAUAGGAAUUGAUGAUGGUAUGGACGCUUGGGCAUUGCACGGUGUCGGUGGUUUUGUCGGAUCAGCUUUGACUGGUUUGUUUUCUGCAGACUACAUUGUGGCGCUUGAUCCUGCUGCGGCUGUAUCCCCCGGUGGUUGGUUGAACCAUCACUAUGUUCAAUUGGGAUAUCAAUUGGCUGCUAAUUGCUCUAUUGACAUUUGGUCGUUCACCGUUACUUCGAUUUUAUUGUACACUAUGAACCACAUUCCUUUCCUAAAGAUCAGAUUAAGUGAAGAAGAGGAAGAGCUUGGUACUGAUGCCGCCCAGAUCGGCGAGUUUACCUACCAAGAAUCCAAUAUGUUCAUUCCUGAACCUGUCAGAUCGGUGACGUCUAGACAGCCAAAACACAUGACCAAUGAUGUUGAAGCUGCCAACGUUGUUCCCCUGCCCAAAACAGACGAAUCUACCGAGGAGAAGUCGAGUAGCUGA